AUGGGUGGACAGGCCAAGAGCAAGAAGAAAAGCAAGCCAAAGAGGAAAGACAACCGGCAAAAUACGGACCCAGCAAUAGUUGGGUUGUCGCUACAAGAAAGAAUGAAAGUGAGGAUGCACGUGAAGGCUAAGAAAAAGACAGCUGAUAAAUACUCUGUGAAACAACUUUUGGAAAAGACAGAAGAAUACAUGGACAGCUUUGACUUUGAGAUGGCAGCACUCUUUUGUCAACGGGCUCUGGACGUGGAAGCCACCAAUCUCCAAGCUCUGGACAUGCUCGGCCACAUCUACUCUGAGAUGGGGGAUGCAAUUAAAGCUAAGGAAAUAUCCUUUUUGGAGUUGAGCCCUGACUCAGGUCACGGGAAGUACAUGUCUCUGGGGCAGAUUCAUGCGGGGCAAGAGGCCGUGGACUUCUAUCUGAAAGGAAUCCAAGUUCUGCUGUCUGCGCUGGAGAAGAAAGCAGAGGCCGCAGUGCCGCUUGGAGCUUCUGCCUUCCCAGAAGAGGACACUGACCUCCCCACGGAGAGAGACGUCAGCGUGGCCUACUGCUCAAUCGCUGAGAUUUACAUGACAGACUUGUGUAUGGAGGAGGGGGCUGCGGACAAAUGCAAGGGCUUCAUCGAGCGAGCGUUGCACUAUCGCCAUGACAACCCGGAGGCCCUACAGCUCAUGGCGAGUUACCUGUUCAGCGUGGAGAGGAACCAGGAAGGCAAAGAAUACUUGUUGAAGAGCGUGGCUGGGUGGUUACCUUCGCAGAGAGCCGCAUCAGAAGAGGAUUUACAGAACAUCGAGAGCCCGCCGUACGAGUCUCGCAUCACCACGGCCAAACUGCUCAUCGAGGCGGAAGAGUAUGAGACUGCUGUGGAGGUGUUGGAAGGACUUCUGGAAGAGGAUGACGAGGUUGUUCAGGUGUGGUAUCUGUCUGGAUGGGUCUGUUACCUCCAGCUGCAGAGGGCAAAGGAGCUCCUGCAGAGAGAGGCCAGAGCAGCAACAGAAGAGGAGGCUGAGGAAGGGAGGGCGCUGGAGGAGGCCGCCAGAUCCUACCUCACUAACGCCAAGAAGCUCUACCACAAGCUGCAAUGCGACGACCAGCCGGUGUUGGAGCACGUGGAGCAGCUGCUGGGAGAGCUGGGAGGAGAGCUGGAGGAGGAAGAGGAGGAGGUGGGACCCGAUGAAGACUUCGAUCCAUGCAGCGAUGAUGAAGAGGACGACGGAGCCCCCAUGGAACACUGA